UUGCGAUCGAUCGGAUGGACGUUGUCAUCUCACUUAUUAGUUGGGUAUCUUGUCUUCCUUUGACGGCCUGCGCGGAGCUGGAUCGAGUUCGCAACUAAGUACCACCACCCAGGCUCGCGGUGAGGAUGAGGGUGCGUAGCCUGGGCCUCCCUUCGAGAGCUCUUGCACCGCUCCGGCCAUGUUGCACCACAGGCAGAGUUUCAAGCGCUCGAAGCCGUCUCCCCAAGUGUCCCGCUCGCCGAUUCCAAAAUGACAGCACGCAAUCCGUUCCCGUUCCGGACUUUGCUUUCGCAUUCGACAUUGACGGAGUGCUGCUCCGCAGCGCGAAGCCUAUCCCGCAUGCGCCUCAAACACUGCAAUUCCUGCAGCGGAACACGGUUCCGUUCAUUUUGCUCACCAAUGGCGGAGGCAAACACGAGUCCGAACGGGUCAAAGACCUAUCUGAACGACUGUCCGUGCCGCUAGACACCUCGAUGUUCGUGCAGUCACACACGCCGUUCGCGGAGCUCGUCCACGGCGAAAACAGCCUGAGACACAAAUGCAUACUGGUUGUGGGCGGCGAAGCAGGGCGAUGCAGGGCCGUCGCGGAACAGUACGGCUACACCAACGUCGUCACCCCCGGAGACAUAUACAUGGCCCAUCCGGAGAUCUGGCCAUUCGGCCGACCGUUCAAGGACAGUUACUACGCCCAGUUUGCGCGGCCGCUGCCGAAACCGAUCAACCCGUCCAGCCCGGACGACAGUCUCAAGAUUGACGCCGUGUUUGUGUACAAUGACCCGCGCGACUGGGGGCUGGACAUCCAGCUCAUUCUCGACGUCAUGUUGUCCCAACGGGGUAUCCUGGGCACGUACUCGUCCAAGAACGGCGACAAGACACUCCCCAAUUGUGGCUAUCUCCAGGACGGUCAACCGCCCCUGUAUUUCUCGAAUCCGGACCUGUUGUGGGCCGCGGAUUACCAUCUCUCCCGGCUCGGUCAGGGCGGAUUUCGCGAGGCUCUUGAGGGCGUGUGGCGAGCCCUUACUAGGGGUCCAGGUCAUGGUGAUGGGCAAUCCCCCAAACUGUACAAGACGGUGAUUGGCAAGCCGUUCGAAGGAACUUACUCCUUUGCCGAGAAGCGUCUGCUUCGCCAUCGCGACGCUCUCUUCGGCCGACGUGCUGAACAGACGCCCCUGAAACGCGUAUACAUGGUUGGCGACAAUCCAGAAAGUGACAUCCGUGGUGCUACCACGUACAAGUCGCCCCAUGGCAUCGAGUGGAUUGGUCUCUUGACUCGGACUGGAGUCUACAGGGAUUGCCCGGGACAUCGACCGUCUUGGGAACCCAGGACGAUCGUCGACGACGUUCGAGCCGCCGUGCAAUAUGCCUUGAAAGAUAGUAAUUGGCCAAACCCAUUGGUAUAGAGAAAAGUGAUAGAAAGUGCAGAGAGAGAAAGAUCAUACGGCAAGCAAUAUAGAAUAUAUAUAAUCCAUGAUAUAUCCGGGUGCUCCGGACUACAGUAGUCGAACCGACUUGCCUCAGUUCGGCCAUCCUCCCGCACAAAGACUACACAAGGGCAAACAACGUCUGGUUUUAGUCGUCAUGGACUGCGUACAUGACACAAGUCCAGAGGGGUCUAAACGGAUUUUGGUCUCACACAAAGUCGAAAGUGUCGCCAGCUCGGUCAUGGAGCAAGCGCCCAACCCUCUCCGUGCCGACGAUGCGCUCGAGCUUCAGUGCAUCCCAUUUAGAGAACAAGGCUCUGACGGCGCCUUUGGGGUUGAUUUCCGUGGCUUUGGCGCCCUGGGCGGCAGCAGCAUUGCCACUGGCCAGCCCUAGCAGGGAAAUGAUCUCUGGCCAGAACAGCGGGUUCUCAGGGACACCGUAGAAGAUGAUCUUUCUGACGCCCUUGAUGCGGUAGCGGAAGUGGUGGUGGGCGCGCUCAGAAUACAGCAGCAGCGCGUGGCGGCCAGACAGGAAAUGCGAGCGCGCACGCAUCACGUCCCGCACAGGCGUGUACUCUGAAAGCGAGCCGAAGGACAGGCUCGUGGCGUCCGACGACGUAGACAGGUAAUUGCGCAGGCGAACAAAGUCGGCGUAGGUGGGCACGAAGAGCAAGACGCCUUUCUGGUGCCUCGAGUCGCGCACCAGAGGAGGCAAGAUGGUCGUGGUGAAGAACUGAAACCGCACGUCCGAGUCUUGUAACGGAUUCGGCGAGGGAAUCCGUAAGAAAGUCUGGUGGAUGGUGAAAGGCAGCAGGGAGGAUAUGGAGAGUAUGGCGCCGGGGUAGGUCGGGACGAAUUUGACGCGGCCGGCAACAUUGUGCAGAUGUGUCGACGCCAAAGCGUUGAUUUCGGGCGUCAGGUAAUCCGAGAAAAUCACCGUCUGGCGCAGAUACUUGGCCUGGCCGUCCAGAUACCAAUGCCGCACGCGCGAGAAGUCGCAGCCGUGCGAAUCCUUAGGGAGCAGGUUGAGUUGCGAAAAGACGUAUUCGACGUGCUGCCAAUUCUGCAUCUGUAGAGCGUUGGCAUGGUCGACAAUCACCACCUCGAUCGACGACAGAAAGUCGGCGUCAUGAGCCUUCUUCUUGUCUUUUUUCCCACCGCCACCGGUGGUGAUCGUCCGCAUCAACCCGAGCGGCGAUCCGAAGAUGAUGUCCGAGUUGUAGAAGCCAGAGAAGUAUUUGAUCGUCUUCCUGGUGAAUUUCAGGCCGAUGCGGAAGUCUUCUUCGUGAUUGCCCCCGAACAGCUCCCGGAAAUCUUCCGGCUUGUCCAGCCACUCAUCCGGAUCUUCAUGUGAAAAUGUCUCGAGAAACCGCGACUUGUUCUCCUGUUGCUCCGGUUCGGUGAGUUUGACGAUGCUGUCUACGAACCGAACACAUGCUUGCUUGGUGGGCACCACAAUAAGCACCUUGGGUCUCGUGAACCCUUGGUCGCGCAGGUCUGGAGUCUCUCCGUCCGUUUGAGCGCUGAGUCGGGCGUUGUUCUUGAGCACCCGGUCUCUGGUCUUGAAGACAUGAUUCAAGGCGUGCAAGCAGGAUAAAUCGCGCAACUUUCCCGCAUUCUUAAGUGUUCUGCAACCACUUAGGACGUCGACAUAAUUGAACAAAGCGCCAGCCACGCUCUUUUCUUCAGAAGAAAGACACGAAACAAGCUGUGCGCCUGCCUCAAGUAGCCGACGCUUGAGAAAGAGGUCCGCGGGAGACUUCAUGCCAGGGACCGCCGCAGGUGUGCCAUUUCUGGAGAGGAUUGUGCGGCGUACAUCGCCUCCCAAGGCGGAAGACUGCGUCUGCCAUUCUUUGGCAUCGAUUUGUCUGGCAGCAACUUUCAGCUGCUGCUCCGUCACUGCCGUAUAGUGCUUCUCGAAGGGAUCUUGUAGUAGAGCAUCCUCAUCUUCCGAAUCAGCUUCGCCAGCAACACCAUCACGCAACUCUUCAUCAGCUUCAACGUCCUCGUUCAGCUCCGGCUGCGGGUCUUCCGCCCCAUCAUCGGAGGCGUUGUCGGGAACCUCUUCGACGCUUGACCGCCGUUGAGUGUGCUCCUCAUCGCGUCGGUUACCGCGGGCAUCGAUCUUGCGCCUCUUCCUCGAAGGCUCGCUUUCUUCUUUGCCCGGAUUUAGUGAUUGUAGGAGGGUUGCGUAGAAAUUCGCAGGAGUUUCGUCUUCACUCGCGGACUGAGCAUCCUCUUCUGCUUCAACUACUUCCUCCUCUU